UGUAGCAGCAAAAGUACUAUUUUACGAUGUCUGGCAGAGGAAGAUUGUCCAUUUCAACAGCUCUAAGCAGAAAUACAACGUUAGAUUCAUCUUUUGGAGGGAAUUCAAGUACAACAAGUGCUACUGCUGCUCAUGCAGAAAGACAAAUAAAGAAGUUGAAAGAAGAAAAUGCAAAACUGAGAAAUGAAAUCAAAGAAGUUAGGAGUUUAUACAACCAAUUAGUACAAGAAAAUUCCCAUGAGAAGUUUGACGAAAGAAGAAUUAUGUUAAUUAAAUCACAGGUCAUUCAGCUAGAAAGACAGGUUCUAAUGAUGUCAGAGGCUAUCAGUUCAAGAUCAGAAACAUUAGCAGAAGUGGAAAAUUCUUUAACUUGGAUGACAGAUCAGUGGAGACAAUAUAUUUCCAUGGAGUCUAGAAGUCCAGAGGUACCUGUUAAAAGAUCAGAUUUAACUUUGAUGGUGGAAACUGCUGAAUCAGCAAGAAUUAAAUUGUACAAGAAUAUAGAGAAUGCAACAGUGAGGAAUCUCACAAGACCUCUGAUGUUUGUAAAUGAAUUUGUACGACCAGGAAGUGAAGAGGAGAUAACUCUUCUGGACAUUGCUUCAGGUCAUCUUGAACAUCUUAAUUUAAAGCAUGUGGCAAAGCUUGAAACCAAAUUGGCAAGUCUAUACAAAGAACUUAUUGGUUUCCACAGCUUGAUAGAAGAGGCUGAAAAACCAUCACUUCAUCCUGUUUCAGAGCAUACAAACAAAGCAAUGCGUGAUCAUAUGACUACCAGACUUUUAAAAUCUUGUGCCAUGAUAAAAGAUUGCUGUGGUGAUUUAGUACAACUUUCAUUGCUAUACCCUAGUGCUCCAUGGCCACCAUUGAAAAGGUCAGCGAUAAAAGACUUGACAUGUGAUCAGGUUAUGAAAAGUCUUCCUGUAUUACCCAAGACAAAAGUAAAGGAGGUACAGUCUGUAAUAGAUGCCAUGUUGAAAGCUGUUAAUUACAAAAACAGCAUGACGAAUCAUGAGAUAAAAUCAUUAAAAGAAGAUUUAAAGUUUCACAAGUCAGUGUAUGAUUUACAGUUGGAGUAUAUCCAAUCUUUAUUUGAUGCUGUUAGAGGUGGUUAUCAGAAGUUUGAAGAAUCCACCAAGGACGUGAUAAUUAAACCACUUAAAGAUGUUUUAAAAACUUAUGGUGAUUUAAAAGAUACAGCAUCAGAAAAGGCUUUGAAAGAAUUUUUAUCCUGCUUCAAACAAAAUUCAGAAAAGCUGGAGAAUGCAGUUGAACAAUUAUCUGAAAGUGAUGAUGGGUCUGAAGCUCUGACUCAGUUUGGUGAGGAUUUCUUUUAUAGUUUAGACAAAUUGGUCUCAAAAUGUCAGAGAAAUCGAGAUAAAGCUGUAAAACAAAGGACUGAUCUCAAAAAAGAACAAGAACAACUUGAACAAGAGUUACGGAACUUGCUUGAUGAACAAGAACUCAAAUAUAGAGAACAUUUUGUAGAAACAGACAGAACCAUUAUAAAUGAAAAGAGGACUAAUAAAAUAUCCCCACAGAGAAAUAAUUAUUUAAAUGAACAAAAUGUGAGUAAAACAAAAAGUAAACAAUCACCAGUUUCAAAAAGAGAAACUAACAAUGAAAACGGCUUUGUUGAAUUUCCUUCUGUGGAAAGAGAGAAAUCAAAAUAUAUUGAAGAAGAUAUUUCAGAACAAGAUGAUGAAAAUAAUUUAAAAAACAGGAAUAAAUGGAAUGUUGACACUAGUUGCCCUCCUACUUUUGAUAACAUGGAAUUCAUUUAUACAAAUCAAAAUAAUAUGGAUAAGCAUACAGGAAGUGAAAGUGAAACUGAGUCUGAAACAGCCAGUAUACAGGAAAUGGCCAAUGCACCAAAGGAAAGUGCGACUCCCACUUUUGAUAGCCAGAAAGCAUUUGAUGUUUUACCACCUGUUGGUCUGUCAAAACAACCUAAAAAAACAAAAAGAAAUUAUGUUCCAAAUUUAGUAGUACCAAAUAGAACAUUACAAUUAAGGCGGUCAGGUAGUUUAUCAAAAAUGAACGAUACAUCUGAACAAUACUUACAAUCCGAACCACAGGAGACAAAUGAACAGUUGGAGUCUGAUGGGAGUUUGAGUAAAACAAAGUUAGUGAGAUCUAGGUCAAGUAGUAAAGACAGGAUAAAUAUACCUCAGAAAAAACCAUUUAGAUGAUCUUGGUUAUUGUUUUGAUCAAAAUCUGUGAUAUUGUAUUGUUGCCUAUGUCAAAAAAUAUUUCUAAAUAUUUUGUAAUUUCUUCUGUUUGAAAAAAUGUAAACUUAUCCCAA